GGAGGCGGAGCUUCACCCUUCGCCGGCUGAAAAAGCAGUAGAUAGAGCUAGUGGCGACAGCAGGAGCCCAGCCUUAGCCCUUCCGGGGCGGUGGGCUCUAGAUUCCUGUCAGACCAGAGUGACCUCAAAAAGGAGGGAAAAUGGCUUCUGAAUCUGAAACUCUGAAUCCCAGUGCUCGGAUAAUGACUUUUUACCCCACCAUGGAGGAGUUCCGCAACUUCAGUCGAUACAUGGCUUACAUUGAAUCCCAAGGAGCUCACCGGGCUGGGCUGGCCAAGGUUGUACCUCCAAAGGAGUGGAAGCCUCGAGCGUCCUAUGAUGAUAUUGAUGAUCUGGUCAUUCCUGCCCCCAUCCAACAGCUGGUGACUGGGCAGUCUGGCCUCUUCACUCAGUACAACAUACAGAAGAAAGCCAUGACUGUUCGAGAGUUCCGCAAGAUAGCCAAUAGUGAUAAGUACUGUACCCCACGCUACAGUGAGUUUGAAGAGCUUGAACGGAAAUACUGGAAGAAUCUCACAUUCAAUCCCCCAAUCUAUGGUGCAGAUGUGAAUGGCACUCUCUAUGAAAAGCAUGUCGACGAGUGGAAUAUUGGGCGGCUGAAAACCAUCCUGGACUUGGUGGAGAAGGAGAGCGGGAUCACCAUCGAGGGUGUGAACACCCCAUACCUGUACUUCGGCAUGUGGAAGACCUCCUUUGCCUGGCACACUGAAGACAUGGACCUGUACAGCAUCAACUACCUGCACUUUGGAGAGCCAAAGUCCUGGUACUCUGUCCCCCCGGAGCACGGAAAGCGGUUGGAGCGCCUUGCCAAAGGUUUUUUCCCUGGAAGCGCUCAGAGCUGUGAGGCUUUUCUCCGCCAUAAGAUGACCUUGAUUUCUCCUUUAAUGCUGAAGAAGUAUGGAAUUCCCUUUGACAAGGUGACCCAAGAAGCUGGUGAAUUCAUGAUCACCUUUCCUUACGGUUACCAUGCCGGCUUUAACCAUGGCUUCAACUGCGCGGAGUCCACCAAUUUUGCCACUCGGCGGUGGAUUGAGUAUGGCAAACAAGCUGUGCUGUGCUCCUGUAGAAAGGACAUGGUGAAGAUCUCCAUGGACGUGUUUGUGAGGAAGUUCCAGCCAGAAAGGUACAAACUUUGGAAAGCAGGGAAGGACACCACAGUUAUCGACCAUACUCUGCCUACGCCAGAAGCCGCCGAGUUUCUUAAGGAAAAUGAACUGCCCCCAAGAGCCAGAAGCGAGGAGGAGUGUCCAGAGGAGGAUGACAUGGAAGGGGUUGAGGAUGGAGAGGAGGGCGACUUAAAGAGAAGCCUAGCCAAGCACCGUAUAGGGACAAAGAGGCACCGAGUUUGUCUUGAAAUACCCCAGGAGGUGAGUCAGAGCGAGCUCUUCCCCAAGGAGGAGUUGAGUACGGGGCAGUACGAUAUGACGGAGUGCCAUGCUGCCCUUGCUCCCGUGAGGCCUACCCACAACUCUGUGCGGCAAGUCGAAGACGGCCUUCCUUUCCCAGAUUAUUCUGACUCCACGGAAGUCAAAUUCGAAGAGCUUAAAAAUGUCAAACUGGAAGAAGAGGAUGAGGAGGAAGAGGAGGAACAAGAAGCAGCUGCCUUGGAUCUUUCUGUGAAUCCUGCCUCUAUAGGAGGACGGCUUGUCUUCUCAGGUUCCAAAAAGAAAUCAUCUUCUAGCCUGGGCUCCGGUUCUUCACGGGAUUCUGUUUCUUCCGACUCAGAAACCGGUGAGCCUUUGGCCUGCCGAGCCCAAGGGCAGUCGGGAGUUCUCACCGUGCACAGCUAUGCCAAAGGGGACGGCAGGGUCGCCGUGGGAGAGCCUUGCACCAGGAAGAAGGGUAGUGCCACCGGAAGCGUCAGCGAGCGGGAGCUGGCAGAGGCGGCUGAUGAAUACAUGUUUUCCCUGGAGGAGAAUAAGAAGUCCAAGGGUCGUCGUCAGCCCUUAAGCAAGCUCCCACGCCAUCACCCGCUGGUGUUGCAGGAUUGCAUCAGUGAUGAUGAGUCCUCUGAACAGCUGACCCCCGAGGAGGAGGCUGAGGAGACAGAGGCCUGGGCCAAGCCCCUGAGCCAACUGUGGCAGAACCGACCCUUGAACUUUGAGGCCGAAAAGGAAUUCAAUGAGACCAUGGCCCAGCAGGCCCCUCACUGCGCUGUCUGUAUGAUCUUUCAGACCUACCAUCAGGUGGAGUUUGGGGGCCUGAGUCAGAGCUGUGGAAAUACUCCAGAUUUAGCCCCCCAGAAGCAGAGGACCAAGCCAUUGAUUCCUGAAAUGUGUUUCACCUCGACUGGCUGCAGCACGGACAUCAACCUUUCUACCCCUUACCUUGAGGAGGACGGCACCAGCCUUCUGGUUUCCUGCAAGAAGUGCAGUGUCCGGGUCCACGCCAGUUGCUAUGGAGUACCCCCUGCAAAGGCUUCUGAAGACUGGAUGUGUUCUCGGUGUUCCGCCAAUGCCCUGGAGGAGGACUGCUGUUUGUGCUCAUUACGAGGGGGAGCCCUCCAGAGAGCCAAUGAUGACAGGUGGGUCCAUGUCUCAUGUGCUGUGGCAAUUUUGGAAGCAAGGUUUGUCAACAUUGCCGAAAGAAGUCCAGUGGACGUGAGCAAAAUUCCCCUGCCCCGCUUCAAACUGAAAUGUGUCUUCUGUAAGAAGCGGAGGAAAAGAACAGCUGGCUGCUGUGUGCAGUGCUCCCAUGGCCGCUGUCCGACUGCCUUCCACGUGAGCUGCGCCCAGGCUGCUGGGGUGAUGAUGCAGCCGGACGAUUGGCCUUUCGUCGUCUUCAUUACCUGCUUUCGGCACAAGAUUCCUAAUUUGGAGCGUGCCAAGGGGGCCUUGCAGAGCAUCACUGCAGGACAGAAGGUCAUUAGCAAGCACAAGAACGGGCGCUUCUACCAGUGUGAGGUGGUCAGGCUCACCACUGAGACCUUCUAUGAAGUCAACUUUGAUGAUGGCUCCUUCAGCGACAAUCUGUAUCCUGAGGACAUAGUGAGCCAGGACUGCCUCCAGUUGGGUCCUCCUGCUGAGGGAGAAGUGGUCCAAGUCAGAUGGACAGAUGGCCAAGUCUACGGAGCCAAAUUUGUGGCAUCCCACCCUAUCCAGAUGUACCAGGUGGAGUUCGAGGACGGCUCACAGCUUGUGGUUAAGAGAGAUGACGUGUACACGCUGGACGAAGAGCUUCCCAAGAGAGUCAAGUCUAGACUGUCAGUAGCCUCAGACAUGCGCUUCAAUGAGAUUUUCACGGAGAAAGAGGUUAAGCAGGAAAAGAAACGGCAACGAGUGAUCAACUCCAGAUACCGGGAGGAUUACAUCGAGCCUGCACUAUACCGAGCCAUCAUGGAGUAGGUGCUUCCCGGGGCCGAGAGGUGCCCAGCCAUCAAGGCGAGAGCACUCUGGGGUUCCACAGCACAGCAGACACUUGGAACUCUGAAGUCACGAAAGUGAAGUUGUAAAAUGAAAAGGAAUGGAAUAACUGACCCCAUCGUCUUCUCACGCCCCUACCCCCAUCGCAUUCCGCUGUAGUGAAAGGACAAGCCUUUCUUGGACAUGUGGCAGCAGCCUCCUAUCUCCCAGCUGAAGGGCUGAGCACUGAAAUGCUGUGGCUGCACUGGCCCCAGUCUCCAGUGGGGUCGCCUGUGCUGGCCGGGCUGGUUGCCCUAUUCCUGGCCUGGGACUUAGCUUCCUAACAACCACCUGCACCAACUAGGCAGAGGUGCUGGUGCUUACUCCCUCCCCCUUUUGUAUUUAUGUGUGCGCGCGUGUGUGUGUGUGUGUGCGUGUGUGUUUGGUUUGGACCAGCUUCUGCCAGCCCCUGGCCUUUACUUGCCUCCUUGCCUGUCCAGGGCAAACAAAAUGUGAAAUUCUGCCCUCAGCUUAGCAGAGUAAAGGCUCCUGGGGUUUGGCUGGAGACGAGUGUGGCAUCUAUCUGUCCCUGGAACUGCCUCAAGGGAGUGCUGGCAAAGCUGCAGUAUUGAGAUGUUAAGGAAUUAAUGCCACCUCUUUGUACUGUCUUGAAGGAGAAGAUAGAGGCAGUAUAUGGGUGUGUGCCCAUAUCAUUCUAGGCACAGAGCCCCUGUGGCACAGUAUUAGACGCUGUGGGUGGGGAACACCCUGAAGGGGGAUCUUAAUGAUGGAAGCAGGCAGAGCCUGGUGGGUGAUUUUGUCAACAGAAAAUUUGCAAUCAUGCAGGGGCUGGGAGGGUUAAGAUGAACUGGGGCCACUGGAGAC